CCCUUUUAUCAUAUAUAUAUAUAUAAUAGAAAAGAUCUACUGUAUAUACACCAUAUAUAUAUAGCAAGAUAUGAGUGUCACAGCUCACAUCUUCCAUCUCUCUAAAAAAAUCCGGUCAUAUAUGGGAGAGCUUCUCUCAUAUAUGUGAGAGCUUCUCUCAUCUCUCUAAAAAAUCCGGCAUCCUCAAUACAGGCAAAAGCUUUUUCACAAUGAAAAUAUACAGUUCACACCGGAAUAUUCCCCGGCAAACAACUUUUGGAAUUUCAACGCUGGGAAUCAACACCAACAGUUCAGGCUUUUGAGCCGUAGACGCACAAGGCACAGGUCGUCCAGAACAGGUAUCCCUUUCCAUCAAUACUAUGAGCCUUUAAAUUGGAACAACUCCAGGCAACACCCAAAUCGGAGGAUUUGGUCACCUGAGUUUCACUCCAGCUCAAACCCUUUUGAGCCAGCUAACUGGAAGUACGCAGGCCAUCAGAGUAAUAGACUAUUGAAUACUAGCUACCCUUUUGAUUACUGGACUUCUGAAUUUCACACCAGGCAACGACCAGUACGCAGAAGCUGGACUCCUGCGUAUCACCCUAGAGCUAGCUAACACACGACUAUUGGAAUCACCCUGCCCGUCCUGAAGCUAGAAAUAACUUCAAAAGGGACCGAUGCUACAACCUCACCCAAUCCAAAACACUGAAGACGGUUGGCAUUUGGUCAAAUACAAGGGAAGACGAAGCCCAAAAGAUCCAUCGCAGAGACUCCCGGCACCCCAGCGGCCCAGCAGAACAAAAGUGGAACAGGGAGCGCUAAUCGCUACAGGUGUUUACGAAUAGAAGAUGAAAUCCCAUACGCCCAAUCCUCAGAUUCUGAGGUUGAAUCAGAUCCGGUGUCUGAUUUCUGUGAGAAAUUUAGUGGAAUUUCAAACUUCAUCUCUGAGCGACGACCCAAGAGUGAGCGCAAUAACUUACCUGUUAAAGACCACGGCGGCCAAAGACGACGGCCGGAAAACUCGUCGGUGCCUCCGUUCCGAUCAGCUAAUAUCAACCCACCACCCGACAAUCUCCCAGCCGAUAAGACUGGCAAAACUAAAAUCACAUGGGUUGAUAUCCUCAGACGCUCUACGGACAAUGGUCCUGAAACUGUCUGCAAUGUACAUCAGGCUUAAAAAAAAUGGGAAGUAACGAAAGGUCCACCGUAUCAAUUUCAAAACUGAUUUUCAAUUAUCAAGCAAGAGAUAUUGAAAAUUUCGAUGUCUACUCUUCUCGGGAACAACCUGAGCUAUCAUUGAUCCAAGCUUACUCCGAUGCAUCUCACAAUUUUGAUUUUUCAGAUGACUAUUUCUUUACAUAUGAGUUUUUGAGACAUGCAACGGAAAUCGAUCGUCGUCCUCCUAUCUCGUUCCUGGAAGAAAUUAAAAAAUCCAAAUUCAAUACAGCGAUCUGGCACAAAGCGAAAUUCAUAACCUCAGAAAAUUGCUUGCCAACUGAAAACUUGAACACGCAGCUCAAACUCUACAGAAAAUCUCAAAAGAACAAAAGGCGUCACAACAUGAAAACCAGGUCGCAAUCCACAUAUUUCCCAUAGGAUUAGCUUUUUCUUGUUUUAGCUUUGCUUUUCCUUUAUUUUAAUACUUUUAUUUCUUUCCUUUCUUGUACCUUUAUUUAAUUUUUUUCCUUCAUGC